AAAACAGCGUUGGAUGAGAUACAAGUUGCUCAAAUAUAACAUUUUUUGAACGCAGUUGGUUUACAUUUACCCGGAGCGCUAGUACUAUCUCUGCCGAGUAUCAUGAUGUUCGUAGCGCAGGCCCGGGCCGCCUAUGACUACUCGCUCCGGACUUUUCAAUACUCGCAAGCGGUGUGGUACGCGGAAAGGCUGGUGGCUGAGCACGCAUGCCGCGAACACAGGCACCUCCUGGCACUGGCGUACUUUCAUGCGGGAGAGAUCGCACAGGCCUACUACCACGCUGACAAGGCAUGUUUUUCGCCAAACCACGGGUCCUCGUCGAGCUCAUCAUCUAAAAGUACGAGCGUGAAGAUGAAUCUUGUUCUCACACCGCCUUUAAUACGCAAGAACUACGGGACCUGCACCAUGACAUUUUAACCAGUUCGUGGCGUGUGCGUGUCAUUCUGCAGCCGCUAGUAUGGCUGCAAAAGGAUUGAUUUAUAGUCAUCCUUCGCAAGAAAUUUGUAUGCCUUUCGUGCAUUUAUUUCAUGAGUCCAUUAGAUUUUAUUUCUCGGCCGGGAGGCCCACCCUCCAGUGUGCAGCAGAGAAGGUUUUUCACGUUCAUUCCAUGGGCGGCGGACCUGGAGGAGGAGUCCCGCUUCCUGCUGGCGAAGUGUAGCUUUCUGCUCGGGAAAUGGGACGAAGCUGUGGACGCGCUCUUUCUGGAGGAUGAGGAGGAGUUUGAUGCAAAUAACGCACAGGGCCACCUGAACUACAGUGCCCGGCCGGUCAACGGGCCCGCCGGAUGGAACCUGCUCGGACAAAUCCGGGAGCGCCUCGGCACCCCCGAAGCGGCUAUGGAAGCCUACGCCCGGUGCGUGGAAGAGGCCCCGUGGAUGUUUGACGCGGUGCAGAGGCUCGCCUACCUUGCCUGUUCCACUUUUCCCGCGGUCUUCGCGCGCGCCCUGCGGAGCGAGCAGAACUUCGAAGAGUCGCUGGCCCGGGCCGAGCCGGGGCUUCUGUCUGCGUCCACCUCGUCCCGUGCAGGAAAGCAGCAGCCGUCGUCCUCGUCGUCGAGAUCGUCGUUCUCCCUCUUCUCCCUGGUUCAAAUCGCAGGAGAAGCGGUGCACGCCGCGUGCAGCUUCGAUCCGCAGCGCACCCUGCAGGUGCUGCAACACCUGCCGCCGGAACACGCCGAGACCGCGUUUGCGGUGGAGCUGGUGGCAAAAGCGUUCUUCGAGCAAGCCGACUACCGCCGGGCGGAGAGCCUGUACCGCCGGGUGUGGAACACGCUGGAUCCGCGGCGCAUCGAGGGUCUCGAGCGGUACAGCACCUGCUUGUGGCACUUGCGCAAGGAGCUGGAGUGCGCGCACCUGGCGCACGAGUGUCUCUCGUGGGGGGUGCGGCGGAAGCCGCAAAUCUGGUGCGUCGUCGGCAACUAUCAAGUGUAAAAAUGUCUGGGUCUGGAAGAUUGCCAGGUUUGUCAUGCACAUUUUGCAUGACUCCUGAUGUCUGUGAUGCAUGCCCUAGCAUCACAGAUUUUGUGACGGCUUCCUGAUGCCUAUACCGCAUGACAAAUGCUCUUUCCGUGUAGCAAAACUUGGACUCUCUUUGCUGCUCAUGCAAUACAGAUUUUUUUAGAAUCCAAAAUCAGCAUGACAAGUUGCAUUCUUCCAGAGCCAGACAUUUUUACAGUUGAUAGCAACGCGUGCUCGCAGCAACGCGAGCACGGCAUGGCAUUGAAAUUCUUCAAGCGCGCCAUUAUCAAAUGUAAAAAUGUCUGGGUCUGGAAGAAUGCAACUUGUCAUGCUAAAUCUGAAGCAUGCAAAAAUCUGUGUUGCAUGAUUACCAAAAGUCGUCCAGUUUUGACCAAGUCGCGAGGGGGUUUCUCAUGCAGGAUAGGCAUGAGAGAGAUCGCACAAAAUCUGUCAUGCUAGGCCCUGCAUUCCAGACCUCGUGGGUCAUGAGAAAGCUGCAUGACAAAUCGCGCAUUCGCUCGUGCCCUUAGCUCAGCAGCGGAUCCUCUCGGGUUGUGGCCUUUCCUCAGAGGUGGGGUUGGGCUUGGGGCGCCAGGCGAAUGGGCGGCUUCGCAGCUACGUUGUGAUCGACAAACUGAGAUCGACGGUAAUAGUUGCGUUGCUGGUCCUGUGCCAGUCGCGGGGCAUGUUCGGGUGUUCCGGGCUGUGCUUUGUGCACCCCUCGGACCCCGCACCCCCCCGGGCUCGGUAGCGCAGUCUGUUAAGCAUGACAAAUCGCGCAUUCUUCCAGACCCAGACAUUUUUACAUUUGAUAGCCAUCCAGGCCGACCCAUACUUCUCCUACGCCUACACGCUGUGCGGGCAUGAGUAUUGCGUAUGUUAUCCUGUUUUUGUCCUGGUUUUCGUUUUCUCCUGGAAGCGACGAUAAUUGUGAUGAAGCUGCUGAUGCACAUUUGGAAAUGCGAGCCACAGAUCAUGCCGUUGGAUUAAUCUGCUAUAAUUUGCACCUACGAAAAAGAAGAUACGAUAGAAGAACUGAUUUAAAAGGUACGUCGCCAACGAGAAGUACGACAAAGCAGUUCCGAUGUAUGAGAAAGCCUUGUCGAUUGACCCCCGGCAUUACAAUGCCUGGUGGGCGCUGGGAAACGUCUACUACCGCCAGGAGGAGUACGAAAACGCUCGGUACCACUUUCUCCAAGCGCUGGAUAUCAAUCGGAGCAACUCCGUGCUGCGCUGCUAUUUGGGGAUGGUCAUGGAAUCCCUGCACCAGCCUGCUAUGGCACUAGAGUAUUGAUGUCAUUCUUUUUGAUUAUGUCAGAACCAGUUUCAGUUGUUCAGCAACAUGUUUGAUGGAGGUCCCUUUUUCGUGAGCCUUAUUCGCCAUUUCCAAAAAAAUGUGGCUGUGCUACAAGAUCAAGAUCAGGUGGUUUUUUUACCGUCUGGAUUUUUUCGAAUCAAUUAGAUCUGUGUCUUCUGCAAUCGUUUGCAAGGUAUUUCGAGCAUGCGUGCGCGGGGCCGAACGGGGGACAGGGUACCAGCGGGUCGGGUAUCGGUAUGCACGAUGCGCAGGAGCACCGAGUUUUGUGGGGAAACGUUGACUCGCCGCAGAACGCGAUGGCGCUGUUUCAGAAGGCCUGCGUUCUUAUUUCCCUGAACCGGUUUCCGGAGGCCCUCCGCGAUCUGGAACGCGUGCGAAACUUAGCGCCAAAGGAGGCGUGUGUGUAUUUUCAGCUGGGCAAAGUCUACGAGAAGAUGGGGCUCUUGCAGCAGGCAUUUCAAACGCUGCACCAAGCUAUGGAUCUCCACCGGGACUCCAAAGAUUACCACACCAUCAAAGCGCACCUAGAGCGGUUGCCGUUGAUUGAUCCGGCGCUUGCCGCAUCUGCGAGUGGGAGCAGUGGCAGUCAGCUGGUCUACCCAGGCAUGAUGUCAUCGCAAAUCUGAAUGUUUACGGUUGCAUUCUUCGUGACGAAAAGAGAGGUUCCUACGCAGCCUGGGGCUUCCACAAACGUCUCUUACCCAUGCGGAGUUUCAUUGUUCCCCUUAUCCCGGAAAGCAUUUUUCGUUUUUCAGCAAUAGCAAAGAAAUGCUUUUGGUUCCUUGUAUGCAACGGAUCACCAAAUAAACCACCAGAAUUUCAACUGCGCGAGCGCAAGAAGUGCAAGUACAGAAAUAUUUAUUUGGCAAACAGAUAAACGAAUUCAUAUAGUUUUCGAC